UUUGGCAUCGGGCCAAUCGUCUUAUACCCCUAUAUAAUACCAGAGUUGCAACAUUAAACUUGACUGUUUCGCAUUGUAAACAUGGCUGAGGAAUUGUUUUCAGACAUGGCAGAACAUUUACUUAAUAGUGCAGUUUUCACUGCAUUAUCUGCGUUUAUACUGUGUUGCUUCAUCUAUCAUUUGAUCAGCAGUCGUCAACAUGUUCGCUACCCACCAGGACCAGUCGGGUUACCUUUUCUUGGGAGUAUCUUGGAUCUGAUUUUCACCAAGAAACAACAAUAUGAGGUGAUUAGUGAUUGGACCAAGAAAUAUGGUGCUGUGUUUUCCUUUAAACUUUUGAACAUCCGGAUCUACAUGGUUAGUGAUAUCCGGUUAUCACGAGAUAUCAUGUCAAACAAGCACGUGACGGGAAAAUUGCCGGUUCAGACGUUGAAGGCUCUUUAUGGAACGCACAAUGUUGGCAUAGGGUUUAGUAGCGAUGAAGUAUGGCAGGAACAGCGUCGCUUCUUCACGUCUUUCUUUAACAAAGCCGACGUUGGAGGGAUCAGGUUUGAAGAACUCGUUGAGAACCAGGUACAACACGUCUUGCAGGAAAUGGAGAGAACAGACGGGAAAAGCUUUGAUCCAAAAUACAUGAUCCAGGCAGCGCUAACCAAUGUGAUCUUAAGAAUCGUUACUGGAGUGAACUAUGACCAUGGAGACCCAAAUUUCCUUCUAUUCAUGAGGCUUUCCACUCGUCUAUUUGAUUUAUUUGGUCCAGGAGGAUUAUUGACACUGCUUCCUAUAGUUAAUGCUAUCCCUUCUAAAACGGGUCGAGAAUUAACAGAAACAUGGAACGACACCCUGACCUUCCUCAAGAAACAGAUUGCAGAACACAGAACAAACUUCGAUCCGAAUCAGGAGGCUACUGGUUUCAUGCACUUGUAUCUCCAAGAAAUUGCAAGAAGAAAGUCGAAGAAUGACCAACGAUCGUUCAAUGACGCCAACCUGCUCGAGAGCUGUUUUGAUGUGCUUGUAGGUGGCGUUGACCCAACUAUCUUGAAUAUCCUAUAUAUCUUGCAUACCUUAGCCUGUUACCCUGAGGUCCAACGCCGAGUUCGUCAAGAGAUUUUCGAGGUCAUCGGCAAGGACAAUUUUCCAAGAUUCUCUGAUCGUCUCCGAAUGCACUUCACAAUGUCAGCCAUCACAGAAUGUCGCCGUUUUCGAUCUAUCUUUGAUAUUCUUGUUCCCCACGUGGCCUCAAAGGCUUGUAAGAUUGGCGAGUAUGACGUCACAAAGGGAAGCGUGGUUUCUAUUAAUUUAUUUCACCUUGCAAGAAGUUCUGAUCUUUGGGAAAAGCCUGAGGAGUUCCGGCCAGACCGAUUCUUGACAGAGACUGGGGAGUUUGAUAUCAAGAAAGAACCGAUUUUCUUUGGAAUAGGUCGAAGAGUUUGCCCGGGAGAGCAACUUGCGCGGAUGGAGAUCUUUCUUUUCGUCACUUACAUCCUGAAGAGGUUUACCAUCAGUCUUGCAGAAGGAACUCCGAAAGACCUACCAUGUACUCAUGGUUUCACGACCCAUCCAGCUCCUUACAAAAUUCACGCCGUUGAUGUUGUUGAAUAGGUCCUGGGGUAGUCGCCUUCGUGAAGAGGGCAGAUGAGUGAAAUGGCGCUGAUCAGAGAGUGAAAAUCGUGUACCCUCUAUGUUAGCUUUGGGGAAGAGAACUUCCAAACACCAAGGUCCAAUCUGGACGAGUCCUGGGGUGGAGAGGUCGUCAGCUCAAACUUUUUUUUAUCGUUUUCAUGUAUAAAAUCAUUACUUUGGAUUGUAGGCGCGAUAUGUUACAAUUUAAGCCUUUCCUUCAUUUAUAAACAGAAGGCCUAAUUCCCUGUUCAUUUAACAUGUUUAAUGUUCAUAACUUUUACUUUUACACUCUAUUUCUGUUUCUGUUAUUAUUCCUAUCUCUAAUGUGCUUAGUAUCUAAUGAAAAGAAAGGCGCUAUAUUGAUGAGAUGUAUAAUUAUUAUUAUUAUGUUAUCUAAUACUUUAUCCAAGUCUGUAUAGAGGUGGUCUCGCAGCCCCCAUGCAUAUAUCGUAUAAUAUACUUGCAUAAAAAUGGGGGAGGGGUUGGGGUCAUGCCCCGCCUCGAAAGUUCUACGACCAAGAAAAGAAAAAAAGGGAGAAAAAGGGAAAGAGAAAAGGGGUGAGAUAAUUAUCAUGAUGUUAUUUUAUAGUGGCGUGUAGAUCGGGCGGCUUGCCCCUCCCCCCAAAAAAAUGAAUAAAAUAAAAUAACGACCAAAAAAUAAAACAAAGUAAAGAGAGAAUGUAGAAUAAAUUGUUUUGUGAAUAUUACUUAUUAUCUAUCACAAAAUAAAUUGUUCAUAACAAAUUUUCAAAUUUCGAAAUACGCUCGCUCGCUCGCAGUUUUUUAUUAGUUUCGUUCGAUUCGCCAUAUCUAUAACCCCCUAAAAAAAUUUGGUCAUUACGCCACUGUUAUUUCUGAAAGAUUUAUGUCAAAAUACCGACGCCAAUACAUAUGCCAAAUUGAGCCCCUUUUACACCUUCACGGAGGCAACACAGAUCAUUACAUUUCGGAUUGUCAAUCCCGGGGUCAUCAAAUUACAGUCCGGGAUUAUCGUGCACACAACGGCUACUCAUCCGGCGGCAUCCUUGGUGUACCGGCAUCCCGGAGUACACGGACGAAUAAUCACCCCGUGUCCAUCCGUGUAGCCACCUUGUACAUUCGUGUAGCUACCAAAUGCAUCCGGGAGGAUCCCUGUAGGAUGUCCUUGUUGAUUUAUACCGGAUUUAUCCGGUGGUCUAAAAUUUUACAUUGUUUGCAAAUAUGAACAAUAGUCCGUAUUCAUGUGACCAUAUAUGAGUACGCCUAAGACGUCGCAAAAAGGACAUACACUUUAAAUUUUGCCCAAUGCUCUAUAGAGAUAUCCCAGUAGAGACCGUAAGCCUCCGUGAAGGUCCGUGUAAGGGCCUAGUAACAUCCGUGUAUUCCGUGUUGACUCCCGGUAGCUGAUCAAUCAGAUUCCUAGUGCUACUUUGUCUAUCCUUGAAGAAACCGUACUUUACGCACACUUCCGUGUAAAUACACAGUUAAAUCCGUAUAACUGACACCAAUUGGUGUUAAUAGAGGACCACACCCUGAGGUGUUAAAA